AUGAAUUUAGAUCCGUUGAUUGAGAACACACCAUGGCCCAACCAAGGUUCACCAAAUCGCGAUUUUCAAUCACCAUUCGUCGCUCCGAAGAAGCGUAUCUGUAAAGAAGAAGCGUUCAAGUGA